AUGAAUUCUGACUCAAGCUCUGUCUCCAGCAGAGCUUCCUCUCCGGACAUGGAUGAGAUGUAUCUAAGAGACCAUCAUCAUCAUCAUCACCAUCACCACCAAGAUAGUCGUCUCAACUCGGUCUCCUCCACCCAAGGGGACCUAGUGCAAAAGAUGUCUGGGGAAGGCCUCUCCCGUAGCGGCUCCAAAGCGGGAGGCGAAAGCAGCAAAUACAAAAUCAAAAAGCAGCUCUCAGAACAGGACCUGCAGCAGCUCCGGCUGAAGAUCAACGGGAGAGAGCGCAAGAGGAUGCACGACUUAAAUCUCGCCAUGGACGGACUUCGAGAGGUCAUGCCCUACGCCCACGGACCCUCGGUCAGGAAGCUGUCCAAAAUCGCCACUCUCCUGCUAGCCAGAAACUACAUCUUGAUGCUCACCAGCUCCCUGGAGGAGAUGAAGAGGUUGGUGGGCGAGAUCUAUGGGGGGCAUCACUCUGCUUUCCACUGCGGGACUGUCGGGCACUCUGCGGGGCAUCCAACCCACGCGGCAAACGCUGUGCACCAGGUACACCCCAUCUUAGGCAGCGCUCUUUCUUCUACCAACACCUCUUCACCACUUUCAGCGUCUCUCCCCGGGAUUGGCACUAUCCGGCCGCCUCACUCUCUGCUCAAAGCCCCCUCCACACCUCCGGCCCUGCAGCUGGGCAGCGGCUUCCAGCAUUGGGCCGGACUGCCGUGCCCCUGCACUAUCUGCCAGAUGCCCCCACCGCCGCACCUGUCCGCUCUCACCACAGCCAACAUGGCCCGCCUGUCCGCGGAAUCCAAGGACUUGCUCAAGUGACCCUUGGCCCCCAGACUGGAGAGGAUUCAAGAAAGAGUCGGGAUGGGGAGCGAGAGAUGGUUGGAGGUGCAGGAGAGACCCUGAACCUCCUACGCCCUUUGAGAUGCCAGAGAAAACACUUUAAACUAGGGAGGGGGAGCAAAUCUACCCGUGAUGGGGUAGGGGGAUUCGAACAAGACGUCCUGUGUUUGCAUGCAUGCUUCUUUUUGCCAUUGAAGCCACUUGCCACAUGGUCUUGUCAAAAUUGCAUUUGUUGUAUAAACAGGGAUGAGGGUAGUGAGGGAAAAAAAAUCGGCCUUGAAAAGGUAAUGUCUUAUUUGGAUCCUCAGGCUCUGUUUUCUUACUUUGGGGGGGCGGGGGAGGAAAAAGAUAUCCUUAAUGUGAAAAGUCAAUGUAUAUAUUUCAUUGAAAUUGAUGCAAUUCUGAUCAUCAUUGUACCUACUGUCCACAGGUUCCUAGACUUCCUUUAAAACUAAACUCAAUUUCGGGAUCUCUUCCGCUGCGGGGUCCAGGGAAUGAUUUCUUAGUGGAUGCUCGUUUAAACAUAGGUCAAAAGAAUGCUUGCAUGCUUCUCAAUGAAUCUCGUUUAUUAUGUUCUGGCCUGGGUGCCUCACUCCUUGUAACCAGGAUUUACUAGUGAAUUCUCUAAAGUAUUCCAUAGUCUCGUCUGUGGCAGUUUAAAAUGGAAACGGGGGCAUCUAGUGCAAAAAACUCAAACUCUUGAGCAUUCACGCACACGGUGCCCCCUCCCGUCCCUCUU